AUGGUUACUGUUUUGUACAAUUGUACACAGAUGAUAUGGGAUGAAGUUGGAGAAGAUAAGUUUGAGAGAGAGAAAGUGUUGCUUGAUAUAGAGCAGGAAUGUGUAGAGGCUUACCGGAGAAAAGUUGACCAUGCCAAUAUUUCGAGGUCUCGUCUACAUCAAGAGCUCGCGGAAUCUGAAGCUGAACUCACACAUCUUCUUUUGUGCCUCGGUGAAAGAUCAGUACCUGGAAGGCCGGAGAAAAAGGGCGGAACACUGAGGGAGCAGCUGGAUUCUAUUGCGCCUGCACUGCGUGAGAUGAGGCUGAGGAAAGACGAGAGAGUGAAGCAGGUCCGAUCUCUCAAAGGGGAGAUUCAGAAAAUAUCAGCAGAGAUAGCAGGUAGAUCAACAUAUGAAGACUCAUCCACAAAUAUAACCAUAGACGACAACGAUCUUUCUAUUAAGAAACUGGAGGAAUAUCAGAAUGAACUGCAUAGGCUCCAUGAUGAGAAGAAUGAGAGACUACAGAAGGUUGAAAUAUAUAUAUGCGCCAUAAGAGAUCUAUCAGCAACUUUGGAAACAGAAGCAUCGAUGAUCAUAACAAAGAUUCACCCAAGCCUUAAUGACCUCUAUGGAAUAUCCAAAAACAUCAGUGAUGAUAUCCUAAAAAAGCUUAAUGGCACUGUUGUCUCUCUAGAAGAGGAAAAGCAUAAUCGCCUUGAAAAGAUUCACCAUCUUGGUAGAGCUUUAUCGGACCUGUGGAAUCUAAUGGAUGCAUCUUAUGAAGAUCGUCAGAAGUUUUCUCACGUCAUUGAUUUACUCUCAUUCGAACCAUCAGACGUGUGUGCUCCUGGCAGCAUUACAUCUAGCGUAAUUCAGCAGGCUGAGGCUGAAGUCAAGAGACUAGAUCAACUGAAAGCAAGCAAAACCAAAGAACUUUUCCUCAAGAAGCAAAAGGAACUAGAGGAUACAUGCAACAUAUCGCAUAUGGAAACUCCAUCAACCGAAAUAAGAAAUAUAACCAACCUUGUAGACUCUGGUGAAAUCGACCAUGUGGAACUUCUGAACUCCAUGGAUGAAAAGAUAGCAAGAGCAAAGGAAGAAGCAGCAAGUAGAAAAGGGAUAAUUGAAAAAGUGGAUAGGUGGAUGUUAGCAAGUGAUGAAGAGCGCUGGCUAGAAGAAUAUGACCAGGACGAGAACCGAUACUCAGUAAGUAGAAACGCUCAUCGAAACCUAAGGCGAGCAGAACGGGCACGCAUUACAGUCAGCAAAAUCACAGGAUUAGUGGAAUCUAUAUUGGUUAAGACAAAGAGCUGGGAAGUUGAAAGACAGAAAGUUUUCUUGUACAAUGAGGUUCCUCUUGUUGCAAUGUUACAAGAAUACAACAGGCUGAGGCAGGAAAAGGAGGAGGAGAAGCAAAGGCUCCGGGAAAUGAAGAAGAUCGUUCCACAACCCGUGGCUGAGCAAGAUAGCUUUUACGUGGCGAGGCCAAGUACCAGCAGUCGCCGGAUCUCAAAUCGAAGCAUCAAUGGUGGAUUCAGCAGCAGUGGAAGUCCUCUAAACAAAAAGCUUUCCAGAGGAUACAGCAAUCAUAGUAAUUACACAGCUCUUGGCACAUCUUUGAGAAGGGAAAGCAGAAAGAGUCAAACGCAGUCUUGCUUCGCAUCACCGUGAUGAGAACAGCUAUCUGUUUGUUUUCCCAGGUCCAUUUGUCUCCUUUAGACUUCAAUCAUGGUUUCCGAAUUCACAUAAUAAAGUAUUGUCCUGUAACAAGACUUUGAGUUAUCACUUUUAUCGGAAGUAAGCAUCGAUCUGUGUUUUCAUCAUGAAACGAAACCCAAAAUGAGAUUCAAGUGGAAAUUACUUGACUUUUGGGUGGAAACUGAUGGAUUCGAGUCCAAUUCAAGAGCCAUAAAAAAAAAAACUAAUGAAAAACUGAAAAGAGAAUGAAGUCAGUCUACCGGAGAUAAUUUCCCUUCGGCGUAGACCUGCCGGAGCGAUCCAGCAUCUAAGCCAAAAUUACCAAUUUAACCAAUUUUUUUUUCCUUACUUUUUCUUGCGUAAUAUACUAAAACCAUAUUAUAAAAAGUAGAGAAGUCAGGAAAGUUACCUAAAUAUGAUUACAAAAAAAGGCACUACAUCUAAAUACGGUGACUCUUUGGGUUAUACGUAAAAGUUAAAUUGUAUGACAUAUUUUAAGUAGAUUUUAGGAGACAUCUCUUGUUGGUUUUCGUUUCCACUUGUAGUUGUGCAGGAUCUAAUAUUGGUAAACGACCACAUCGCAACUUGUACCAUUUUUUUUUUUAAUUUCCUUUUGGGCUUUAACGAAAAUUCAACACAAUUUUAACGAGAGAUUCAUGUCGUCACAUAUAUUUUCCUUUUCAUUACUUUUCUCAAGGUAAAUUACAAAAAACUCGUUGGAAAUAAAUACGCAAUACCCACCUUUUGUCAGGAAAAAAAGACGUCCUAACGAGGUAGACUUAGUCUGAUAGAAAGUCUUGAUAGAAUUGCUAAAUUCGUAACCAUUUUAUAUCUUAACGUUCUCUGCAAACAGUCUAGUUAGUAGUAUACUACAAGAUAUAAAUGUCAAAUUAUCAUAUAUGACAAAAGUAUAAUAUUCAAUGCCCUAUGCAAUAUGAAAAUUCCACGUAACUAGUAACAAUAACGAGGCUUAAUCAAAAUAGGAGAUGUAGAUCCAAAACUAUCGGCAUUAACUCAGAUCAAUAAGUGAACCCUAUGUAAUAAGAUCCCUUGAAAAAGGAAAAAAAGAAAAAAAAAGAAAAGAAAAUAUAAAGGGCAAAAGUGGAAAAGUGUCGUAAUCUUAGCAAAACCUGUAAUCGCCACCGUCAAUGGAAGCGUUCGCAGCCACCGGAGGGAUCGCGAAAUGCCAUAACCUCCCGGCGGCAUGAACUCUGUACUUCCGGCAUAAAAACUCCUCGGCGAAAGUCUUCUCCACUCUCCGGUUAACGUCGUGCAAGAACACGUGAGUGACUCCAGGUUUCUUCCGGUUCCUUGCCAUAACCGCCGCCGAGAAAAUCGCCGCCAUUCUUCCCGGAGCUUCUGCAAAGUAACCUUUAGGAGCAUCGAGCAUAAGCAGAUCCCACUCUGUGUCGUAGAACUCAUCGGGAAGCCCCGUAAGAGCAAGCUUACACCGUUCGUUUCCUCGGAGGUACGCUUUCGCCGGAAAACAGCUAGGCUCCGAUUUGUACGAGCGUAGAAGCGAGUCGGCUUGUUGAAGCUGCGUCCUGUAGCGCACGUGGUGCGCACGGAGGAAAGGAGAGUCUUUGGUCACUUUCUGAAACCACUCGAGAUCUUCCUCUAGGAAUAAGGUUUUGCCACGCGGAUUCAGAGAAGCCCACAUGAGUGAGUCACGGCCGAGUCCGAAGACGAGGAAGUUGGCCGGAGCUAGCUCUUUCAAGACGUUGAAGGAGAUCGAGAUCUCGGCGAGGUUCUGUUGUGGGACCACGUUAGAGGUCGCGUAGUGGACGAUAGCUUGGAGCUGAAUCGGUGUAGCUGCAUAAUCCGCCGCCGCGGCAAUCGCUCGGCUUUUGGCGCUCGCGGAGGAGCAGAGGAAGAAAGCGUCGUCGGCGGCACGUAAGAAGCUUGUGAAGAGUAAAGAGCCUCCGACUAGACCGGCGAGUAAAACGGCGGUGAUGAUCCAUCGUUUAUCCGAUGGGAUUAAGUUGCUGCUCAUCUUUAUAUUCUUUUUUUAUUUUUGAUCUCAGAUCUGACUAUUUCUUUCUCAGGUCGAGCAAAGACCUGUGAUGAGAAAUUCAGAGAUGUGAAGAGGAUUGUUGAUUGGGGAGAAAAUGAAUAUAAAAAAGUAUUGGGAUAUAUUUUCUUGGAGGAAGGCAUAUUUGAUGACACGCGUUCAUAUCCGACCAUUCAAGUAAGUGGACUGGAUGGUAUGUACAUGACACGUAACUGCGACUUAUUCGAAUUUGAAAGAAAUAUCUGUGUUACACAUAUGUUAUUUAAUUGGAGUAUGGGUCUUCGUGCCCACUUUGUAAACAAGAUCGCC